CAGCGAUUGUUUUAGGUUGUUUGAUAUUGCUGCAUAGUUUUGAGUUUAUUCUAUUUGUGCAUGGUGCAUUUUCCAAAAAUAUUGGAAGUAGGGAAUUUCCGACAUUGGAUCGAUAUAUGUGCGUGAGAAAUUAUAAUUUAUGUAUUUCUAUAACUCCAAAUCAUAGCACCGGCUAUCAUCAAUGUGAAACACAAGUUCAAAGAUCAUAUAAACUAUAUUCGUCAUUAUUUGGUUAUUAGAUCUUUUUUUUAAAAUAUAUAUAUAUAUCACUAUAGAUUCCCCGUAUAAAGUUAUUUCGCAAAAUAAAAAAAGUGAACGAGGCUGCCAAUAAAAUAAUUAAGUUUGUUGUUCGACUAGUAUACUGAUGUCCUCAUUCAUGUUUUUGUUCACUUUAGACUGGAACGCUAACAGUCUAGACCUCCUAGGCUCCAAGGUGGAUAUGUACUUGGAAUGCAGUAUUUACCUUUUUGGUUAUCCUAGUACGUGUUUGUUACAGUCUUUAAUGUGUUGCAAUAUAUCAAUUAAAACAAGUUAAUGAUGUCAGUUUAUAACGAAACUAUAUAAUUCACUACCUUAUAAUCUUUUGAAAAUCAAAACUAAAAUUACAUGAGAUUUAAUACAAUUAAAGUUUUAAAGCCACUGGUUGAAUAGCAGAGGCGCUCGAUGUUGCCAUGGCAACUGUAAACUGCGUUGGGGCAGAGCUUGCGUUCCUCCGGUGAAACCCAACAACAAAGUCAGCACAUCUUUGGAACUCAGCAGGUAGGAACGAGAAACUUCUGUGCGUAAAAUGGGAGUUUUCACAAAUCUUAUGUAUAAUAUAAUACUAAAUUGUUUUUACUUGUUAAUUGUAUUUGGGCUGAACUGUAAUUUGCGAUGAGGUCGUGUAUGUGUUUGUCAACAUCAAACUUGUUUUUACCUAUGGCAAAAUCGGAAUAUUUGGAAAUGUCGUUGGAAUAUAUUUCCAGUUGUGUGACAAAAGUCUACAAUUUGACCCUCUUAGACAUUGACAACAUAAACCUGCUGUUGCCAUCAGAGUAUUAAUCACUGUAUAACAUUGUGCACCCCAUUGAACACACCUUUUCCCUGUAAGAUUAUUGCACAAAUACAUUCUGGACCGUGUGUAACACCUGCAUAUAAGUUAAUGUUUUUCUUUACCAGAGUGAAAAUUAUGUAUGGACAAAUCAUGAAACAGGAAAAUAAAUAAAGGAGCAAUUGUCUCAAUGGUGGUUAUGUGUUGAGAAAAGUGUUUGCCUUUGCCAGUGUUAACCAAAUGUUUGUUCCACCGUUAUAUCAAUCCAUCCAUCCAUUUUCUUCCGCUUAUCCGAGGUCGGGUCGCAGAGGCAGCAGUUUAAGCAGGGAAUCCCAGACUUUCCUCUCCCCAGCCACUUCAUCCAACUCUUCCGGGUGGAUCCCAAGGUGUUCUGAAGCCAGCCGAUAGACGUAGUCUCCAGCGUGUCCCGGUGGGACAUGCUCGGAACACUUCACCAGGGAUCUAUUCAGACGGCAUUCUAACCAGAUGCCCAAGCCACCUCAUCUGGCUGCUCUCAAUGCCCUUUCAGAUGAAAGAGCUUCUCACCCUAUCUCUAAAUAACCCCCGGACCCCCUCAACACCUCGGCUGCGCCUAGAAAUUCUGUCCAUAAAGGUAAUGAAGAGAAGCGGUGACAAAGGGCAGCCUUGGCGGAGUCCAAACCUCCCUGGAAACAAAUCCAACUUACUCCCACAGGAUCCCCCGAGGGACACGGUCGAACGCCCCUUCCUCUGUUAAGCACUUACGACAUCAUCUAUUUCCUACUUACAAUAUUGUCUUUUCGUCCAUUCCAAAAAACUCAAUAAUUGUGUCUCCAACAAACAGCACGGCCUUCUUGACUGUUAGGUAACUCCACAACCACUUUAGAACUGAAUGCAAUAUCAAUAUCGGCCAGGCGGUUUAAUGGCUUUCCCCCUUUUUUUGCAUUUACAAGAAUUAUUCCAUAUAUGGUGUGGGGCAUGGCUUAAAGUUGGAGCAUAAAUAGUUGAGUUUUCCACACAAACAUUAGUGCAUCCUAACUAAGCCUUGUUGCAUGAACUGAUGAAGCCUGCUCGGAUGAGAGGUGAAACGUCUUCUAAGACAAAUAGAACAGUCUGGUUGCGAUCGAUUCAAUACCCUGAGAAUGAAAUGACUUGGAUGAAUUUGAAUAUUCACAGGUACCUGUAUGUGAAAGAGUGCUCUUGGGUUUACAGGAGGGACAAUUUGUGCGCCUGUCGAAGGGCCAGAAGCUAAUAGCAAUGGUCCAACAAUGCCAAAGUCAAGUUGAAAUCAAAACCCUGCAAACCAUGUCCACCUGCCUGCUCUCAACCCAGAGAAACUAAAGACAGCCAGGGCCAUUGUGGAAAAACCUGUCAAGUUGCAUAAGGUGUUCUCUGUUCAGGGCCCUUACCCGGUCAUUAGGGCCUCACUAAGAGCCAGAGGCUGGGUGGAGAAACGGAUGUGUCACCCUGCGCUCCAAAUGUGCACUCGCCCUGUUAAAGAGGCCUGUUGUAAUGAUGAUGACAGCGAUGGUGAAAAUGAUGAUGUCAAACAAGAGCAGGAUCCGGAUGGACUAUACGGUCUUAUAUCUCGCCUGGUGCGGAAUGAAAUGGUUUAUUUCUACUGGACAAACAGAAGAGAUGCCAUCAACACCAGCAUUCUGCAGAAAGAACAGAUGAUCAACCAUUUUGGCAAAGCAGGCAGCUUCACCACCAAGGUGGGCUUGUGUGUGAACCUGAGGAGUCUGCACUGGUUUGACUCAGCAGACCCGGACACGUUCUUUCCUCGCUGUUACAGGCUCGGAGCACAGGAUGAGAAGCAUGCUUUCAUUGAGGACUACAGGAGGACAGCCUGCACCAGUCUUUUAAAGUACGUUGUAGAAAGUGCACAGAAUGUUCAGGAGCAGAAGAAAAGUGAGCACAUUCAAGGUAUGACCAUUUUAUCUCAUAUUGUAACGUGGAUCACUAGGGCUCGACUUGAUUGCGUUCCUCCAUUUUCAGAACCGUUUGAACCUGUGAUUGUUUCCAAAAUGAUCAGCACAGCUCUCAAAGUGUGCCAGGAUUUUCUUGAGAGUUUGGAGCACGUUGACAUUGACACUAGCUUGGAGACAACUCCAUCCCUUGUGAAGGAGGAGUGGGGUGAAUUUAUUGGCAGCUACUACUUGUUUGUUCAUGGCAGAGCACAAAUUGAGAUCAGUUAUCAUUUAGUAACCUGCUGUAAGGCCAUGCUUCAGAGGCUGGCUGAAGUCAGUCCACAGCUGGACACAGAUGGUAUACACAACAUAUGGAUUGUCAAGCCUGGAGCCAAGUCCAGAGGCAGAGGUAUUAAAUGUGUCAAGCGUUUAGAUCACAUCCUCAGCCUGGUGGACAGUGAUCCAGCUCUGAUCAAGGAAAGCAAGUGGGUGGUGCAGAAGUAUUUGGAGCGCCCCUUCUUGGUGGAGGGCACCAAGUUCGAUGUGCGCCAGUGGUUUCUGGUCACAGACUGGAACCCUCUCACCGUGUGGUUUUAUAAGAAGUGCUACUUGCGUUUCUCUACACAGCCUUACUCAUUGGACACACUGGACAACUCUGUGCACUUGUGCAAUAAUUCCAUCCAGAAGCAUCUGAGGCCUUCUCAUCAACGCCAUCAAACCAUCCCACAACACAACAUGUGGUCUGACGAGCAGUUCAUGACCUUUCUGUCUGGUCAGGGCCACAAAGCUCAGUGGGAAAAUUUAGUUGUGCCUGGGAUGAAGAAGGCGGUUAUCCAUGCAUUGCAGUCUGCACAAGAUUUUGUGGAUUCCAGGAAAAACACCUUUGAGCUUUAUGGGGCUGACUUCAUGUUAGGCUGUGACUUACAUCCAUGGUUGAUUGAAAUCAAUGCCAGUCCCACCAUGGCCCCCUCAACGCCAGUCACGGCCCAUCUUUGUCCAGCUGUUCAGGAGGACACGCUGCGUGUCGUCCUAGACCGCAGAACAGACCAAUCAGCAAACACUGGAGAUUUUGAGCUCAUAUAUCACCAGGCAGCAGUAGAUGUACCACAGUACGUAGGAGCCAAUUUAUUUAUAGAGGGCUUCAGGCUCAAAGGCACCUGUCUGCUUCCUCCUCUGAGGCCUUUGAACCGCUCAGCCCCAAAGUAUUGUAGUACCAAAAAGGAGAUGGCUACAAAAAAAGUAAAGUCUCUGCCAGAAGUGUUCAAGAGUGCCAAAACUGCAGUCAAAAACAUCACAAACAGAGUUCUUCCACCUCCUGUUCUUCAGCCACCAGUGCCCAUCCCGAUUGAAACAUUCUCCCUAGACCUGCAAAGGACAGCACACAGAUCUGUCCACCUACCUCUUGAUGCUUGCUCACGUUCUGUCUUUUUGUGGCGAAAGGGCUUGUAGGUCAUCCUCAGUGAAAUACAACUGAAUGCUAUAGAACAAGAACAAAAAUCUCUUAGAGGUUAUUAUUCUAAAACAAUUGAGGAAGGCAUUGAAACUUGUUUAGUUGAUGGUUGAUAUCCGCCAUCAAUAUUUUGUAAAAUCUACAGUAAUAUGUAAUAUAAUUAUUCCUGUGCAGGAGACUUAUUGAUCAAAAACCUUGACACACACUUCAAAGAUAUUUUAUCUCAUAAUAAAGUCCGAAUUUUG